AUGCCCGAGGAGCAGCAGCGCGCCAUCAUGGGGGAGCUGGAGAAGCGGGAGAGCGACUACAUGCGCCUGCAGCGCCAGCGCAUGAGUGCGGACGACUUUGAGCCGCUCACCAUCAUCGGGCGCGGCGCGUUUGGGGAGGUGCGUAUCGUGCGCGAGCGCGUCACGGGCAAGAUCAUGGCCAUGAAGAAGCUCAAGAAGGCAGAGAUGCUGCGGCGCGGCCAGUGA